AUGACCAGGCAACAGCUGAAAAACUCUGGGAAACUGAUAAAAAAGACAUGUAUGCCUAAAAACGAUGUCACAGAAGAUCAAGUAGGUGAAAUAGAUCAAGGUAAAUUUAUCGAAGAUAGAAAUGUAAUGUGUUACAUCGCGUGUGUAUAUUCGAUGGGACAAGCGGUUAAGAACAAUAAGAUAGUUUUCGACGCCAUGAUAAAGCAAGUCGACAUGAUGUUCCCGCCUGAAAUGAAAGAACCAUACAAAGCAGCUAUUGAAAAAUGCAAGGGAGUUGCAAAGAACUAUAAAGACAUCUGCGACGCAUCUUAUUGGACUGCAAAGUGCAUAUAUGAAGCCGAUCCUGCUAAUUUUAAUUGGUUAAUAUUGUUUGUUUUAACUAGCACUAUGACUCGACAACAGUUAAAGAAUUCAUCUAAAUUGUUGAAGAAAACAUGCAUGGCGAAGAAUGACGUCACAGAAGAUUUAAUCGGUAACAUAGAGAAAGGAAAGUUUAUCGAAGAAAGGAACGUUAUGUGUUACAUCGCAUGUAUUUAUCAAAUGACGCAAGUUGUAAAAAAUAAUAAACUAAGCUACGAGGCUUCGAUGAAGCAAGUGGAUAUAAUGUACCCGCCGGAAAUGAAGGCCUCAGUUAAGGUUUCCAUUGAAAACUGUAAAGAUAUGUCAAAGAAAUACGCAGAUUUAUGUGAAGCAUCUUAUUGGACUGCUAAAUGCCUGUACGAGGAUAAUCCAAAAGAUUUUAUUUUUGCAUAA